AUGCAGGCCGGGCCGCCGGGCGGGGUGCCGCUGCCCGACGACCAGCUUGAGGUGUUUCCUGAGCCAGGGUUUGUCAUCAAGACCGCCAACGAGCAGGGCCAGAAGGUGUUCAUCAACUUGUGCGGCACCAACAAGCUGCCGCUGCCUCCCGGCUGGGUGAAGGGGCAGGUGCCCGCCGAGGUCAAGCGCCACCUGGAGGUGGGGCGGGGCGGCGAGGCGCCGCCGUGCAUGCGCUUCCCGCUCAGCAUGGGGCUGCCUCGGCUGGACACAGACCACCGCGGGGAGGUCUGCAUGGUGCUGGAUUGCAUCAUCAGCUCAGAGGUGCUGGCACAGGCCUCCCAGUACCGCCCCCUCAAGUUCUUCAUCAUCCAGCUGGCGCUGGGCACUGCGGCGCAGAUGACAGGGCAGGAGCUGAAUCCGCAGUACAAGCUGCCCAAGAUGCGGUACAAGGGCGAUGCGCCGCCGCCGCAGCGCAUCCGGCUGGAGGGCGACGCCGCCGCUCGGCAGCAGCAACAGCAGCGCCCAGGCAGCGCAGGUGGCCCUGGCAAGCGCCUGAUUGCAGAGGUGCCAGCCGAGGGCGAGGAGCCCUCCUUUGCGCUGCUGGCCAGCAAGCGGCAGCAGCGGCAGCGGCGCCCGGAGCAGGCGGCGGUGGCAGCUACCAACCCGAUAGCGCAGGCGACAGAGCCAGCUGUGCCCCAGGGCGGCAUCGCUGAUGGCCCAGAGCAGCAGGUGGCGCAGCCAGCAGCCAGACCAGCCCAGCAGCAGCAGGGCCCACCGGAGCAGCUGCACCCGCUGAUUGAGUACCGAGGCAAGCCGGCCACGUGUGUGGCCAUCACGGUGCCGCUGCCGGCAGCUGCAGCAGCUGCAGCGCAGCGUGACCCUGGGGCCAUUGGCGCGUCAGUAUGCGCCGAGGUGGUCCGAGUGCAGGCGCCCGGCUGCCAGCCGCUGGAAGUGCAGCUGCCGUUUGCCGUCAGUGCCGCGGGGGCCACCGCUGAGGUGACCCUGGCAGCAGCGCCAGCAGGCAAGGACAAGGCAGGGAGCAGCUUGGUGCUCACGCUUCCCUACCGCCCCUUCAGCAGCGUACUGGAUGAGCUGCGCCAAGCAGCAAGCGCGGCAGAUGGGGCGAUGCAGCACAGCAGCCCCGGCAGCAACAGCCUGUCGCAGCUGGACUGA